GGACACUAUACUGCAGGUCGCGCGCUCGUCAGCAUGCAGCGCGCGCGGACGACAACGCUGCGGCAGCUCGUGCGCCUUCAUCAUCAUCAUCAUCAUCAUGGGGACGCGCGCUCGGCGGGAAUCAUCGGCGCGCCUUUCUCCAAGGGACAGCCGCGGGCCGGCGUGGACAGAGGACCGGAUGUGAUCCGCGCCGCGGGACUGGUGCGCAGGCUGCAGGCGCAAGGCUGCGUGGUGAAGGAUUAUGGCAACGUGGACUUUGAGGAGGUGGUGUUGGAUGAGAUGGUGGGUCGUGUGAGAAGCGUGAGAGCUGUGGGCAGCGCCAACCAGAGGCUGUCGGAGGCGGUGCAGGCGGUGAAGAGAGACGGGCACACGUCUGUGAUGCUGGGGGGGGACCACAGCCUGGCCAUGGGCUCCAUCCACGGUCACGCGGCGGCGGUCGGCGAGCUGAGCGUGGUUUGGGUGGACGCCCACGCGGACAUCAACACGCCGCUGACCACGCCCACUGGCAACAUGCACGGACAGCCCGUGGCCCACCUGCUGCACGAGCUGCGCUCAAAGAUUCCUGCCCUGCCAAACUUCUCCUGGCUGAAGUCGUGCGUGCACGCCAGAGACCUGGUCUACAUCGGCCUGAGAGACCUGGACCCUGAGGAGCACUACAUCCUGAAGAUGCUGGGAGUCAAGGUGUUCUCCAUGACCCAAGUGGACCGACUGGGCGUGGCCAGAGUGAUGGAGGAGACAUGUGACUUCCUGUCUGACAGGGUGAAGAAACCGAUCCACCUGAGCUACGACGUCGACGCCAUCGACCCGUCGGUUACCCCGGCGACCGGCACCCCCGUGGUGGGCGGGCUCACGUACAGGGAGGGAAUCUACAUCGCUGAACACCUGAGCCAGACAGGUCUGCUGUCGGGCGUGGACAUGGUGGAGGUGAAUCCUCUGAGGGGACGCACAGACCAGGAGGUCCAGUCCACAACCGGGACCGCGGUGGACCUUCUACUGGCUUGUUUCGGCCGUCUGCGAGAAGGGAACCACCCUCCGGACUACCACUUACCCACGCCACCCAGCUAAAGAACCCCAGCAGCUUCUCCUUCUUCCUCCAAACUAACUUCUGUCUCCACUUGACAGACAUAAGCUCACCAAAGAACAUUUAUUUGAUUCACAGCUUCUUCGUGGCUGAGUUGCUGCUGUUCCCAAACUCUUCCAUUUUCUUAUAAUAAAGUCCACAGUUGACUUUG